AUGCCUGCGUUUCGCAAUAUCGCGCCUAUCCGACACUCUGCUCGUCUUGUAAAUCACAUUCCGGCAAUCAGUGACGCGGCAGGGCAUACCAUCAAGAACGAGGCGCCCGAUAUUUCUCUUCCUUUGUCUUUAGCACCGUCGACGAAUGGACUCGAGGAUACAUCUCAUAGAGCCCAUAAUCCACAGCCACUGCCUUCGCUCUUUGAUGAUAUAAAUAGCACAGCGGCGACUGGACGAACAAAACGGCCCAGCCACGCUCGUCGUCGUGAGCCAGGCCACAUCCCCCGCCCGUGCAACGCAUUCAUCCUCUUCCGCUCCAAAUUCGUCAGCAGCGCGUAUUUCGGCAAAGACGAGCAUCAAAAUGAACUCAGCAGGAGCGCAGGGAAAGUGUGGAAUAGCAUGUCAAAGGAGGAGAAGGAGCCGUAUCGCGCGGCCGCUGAGAUUCAGAAGAUGGAGCAUAAAGCGAAAAAUCCGGGAUAUAGGUAUAAUCCCGGGCGCGUUGAGAGGACAAAAAGUGCAACGGCGGCGAAGAAAUCUACUUCCAAGGCGAAGCGUGGGAGGAAGUUGGACGAUUGUUCGCCUUUGUCUUUUAGUUCGUCGGGAUCUUCGUCUACUACGCCCUCGGAGUCCCCUGUCCACACUCCCCCUUUCUUUCCCGUGAAAGCGGCAGAUGAACAAGCUGCGUAUGAUCAGAAUGCAAAUGUAUUUGAUGGGGCGCAAUACGUAUUGUCUGAUGAGCAAGGCGUAUGCUCAUCUCUGUCUCGCCUCUACAACUCGGUCGCGCAAAGCACUGCACCUAAUCCCUGUACCUCGAUGGAGCCACAUGAUCAUCAAAUGGAGGUUGAAAGAGACCCUCCUCCGCCUUUCCACCCCCAUCUUGAUCCCGUAACAGGUCAAUUUGCGUAUCAGGAUUACAGCCACGAUUUCAUGGCUGACUCUCUCCCCACUCUUCCGCACAUACAUACGACACCAUACGAGGCGAUUGACAACGCUAUUGAUAUUUCUUCCAUUCCAAGUUUGAAUACUCAAUUCGACUUCCCCUCCGCGGCGUUCUCGUUCGAUGAUCCCAAUGCCAAUUGUACAGACCUUCUGGGAGGCAUAUCCGAAGGGAAUGGAACCUCCACUUCGAAAGCGGAAGAUCAGGCUAAUUCUUUCCCCAAUGAUUGUUAUAAGCACGGCGACCUAGAAAAAUACCAUGAGGCCCUUUUCAACGAAUUCUUCAACUUCGAUCAAUAA